CUCGAGAUUUGUUGUGUCGUUAUCAAUCAGAUUGAAACAAUGAAAUCAUGAUUGUCUUUCGGGAUGUACUUGUUUUACAACAUUCUCGCUUUGUUUGUAUUUUUUUACUUUCCAUACGAAGCAAUAGGCGGAUUUGUUUUUUCGAACACACCACUGACUUAUAGACAAGCCAUACAGACUUGUGAAAUUGUUUACAACGGCAGACUUGUAAGAGAGUCGGACAUCGGUCAUCUAGCUCAUCAACUUUCUGAGAACAUCAACUAUUGGUCAGAUAAAUACACAUCACUUUCCGAUUGGAUCAACUAUGAAGGCUGUUUUAAUACCAGCGUUUUAUCGAUGGUAAGCUUUACUGACAUCUUCGUGCAACCUCAUACGGUCGCCUCCUGUUACGAAGAAUGUCACUUCUCGACUUCAUUUGGUCUACUGAAGGAGAAAUGUUUGUGUUUCAAUGGAACCAUUCCGACUGAAGACAAAGUAAACUCGUCCUUGUGCGGAUACAGUUGUAGGGUGGCAGACCAAACGGAGAGUUGUGGUGGAGAAACAACUUUUAGUGUGUACUCGAAAUUCGCGAAAGCAAAUGAUACACAAGUUCAUCACAGAAGAUGCAGCUAUUACCGCUGUUCGAAUGGAUUUCUACAGCUGGCAGCAGAUUACUGCAACAGUAGCCAUACAUAUAUAUGCGGAGGUGAAAAGUGCCCAAUAAAUGCAGAAAUGGUAUCGUAUUUUUCUGCUGUUGAAAGAUGCAGUAAGAAUGGAAGCGUAGUCUACAACAAUGAUACCAAGGGACAGACGUGCGGUAACCAGGGACUGCUAUGUAAACGGAAGGGGUUCUGGACGUCUAUCCACCGUUAUGAGAACCUGCGUUACCCGUCAGUUCAUGGUUUAAGCCAUGUUGAGACCUCUUAUAGAUGUCAAACUCUAUUUGUUCAAAAUGAUUCGAUUCAAUCAAGCCUCAUUUCAUGUUUUUCAACGAAGAAACUACCAUUCAUUUGUAAAACAGAGAAAGAAGCUUCUUCAAAACCACCUCAUGAAGAGAAUUUUUCCUCGAAAGUGUCAUCAACUUCUGGACUGGUAGUGGGAGUUGUGAUAAUGUCGCUUAUAUCCACAAUAAGCAUGUCUGUUCUCGUUAUCUUAUCCAAGAAAAGAUGUCAGAAAAAAAUACAAAAACGGAGAACAACAAAAGUGACCUACAAUAGCAAUAUGGUUUCUUUGGAAGACGCAAUAGAUAACGAUGAAAUUGAACGAUGCGAAAAGCAAUUUCAGCAAGAACACAGUGAGAAUCAACAGCAGAGGUUUGCUAUCUGUGAGGGUGCAGGUCACGAAAACACAUCCGUUGAGUAUGACUAUGUAAAGAGUCCAAACAGACAAUCAGACCAUAAUUUACCUAGUGACAACGCAUACGAUAACAAUGAGGAAAACAUGUAUUACGAAAUGUCCCAAGAAAAUGACGAACAUGAUGACGUCAUGUCAACACCAGAGGAAACGCGUGUUUCGCUUGGGAUAGAGGUUUCGAGCAAUGCGAUUCCUGAACAUUUAGAAGGGAUUUACGAUACAGCAGUGGCCAGUAUUGUACACGAAAACACGCUUAAAAGGUCAGCCAAUUUUGACGCAGAGAAUGGACGUCAAAGCAUCGAUGUCUUGGAUACGAAAGAACGAUUUAAAGACGUUCCUUAUGAACCAAUGGAUCCACCUGAUAUACAAAGAGAUAAUUACAAGGAGAUGGCAGGGUUUUUAACUAACUAAAGGAGACUGAUGUUACAAUUAAUUCAUUAAUUUUCCUUUUGAUGUUUGAUGAUUUCCUGUAUCAAUAUAUUUGAUAUUUAAUCAUGAAAAUAAAUAAAACGACGAUUAGAAAUAUUGAUAACU